AUGUGUCAGAACCAGACUCUCGGUAAAUGGGAAUUGCUUGGUGCUAUGCAAGCUCUCUCAGUCUAUGUGUUGAUCCGUCUGGACGAGGGUGAGACUGAGCAUAACAAUGUGGACCAUCUUCUGGAGAAGGCAGUCAUUCUUAUCGCGAUACAACUGUCUCAUGACGAUUUUGACUGCCAUGCGAAUUACGUAUCGUGUCGCAACACGUCUGAAAGCAGCUGGCAAGACUGGGUCUAUAAAGAGUCCCGGCGGAGACUUGCAGUUAUCUAUCGCGUCCUGAACAAACUCAUCUUCUUUGAACCAGCAGCUAUGUGCAAUAUGCCUGCGGAAUUUGUGAUUGCACCUUUGCCCGCGAAACGGCAACUCUGGGAGGCAAAAGAUGCACAAGACUGGAAAUCACAGAGCCAAACGGAGCCACAGGGACAAAUUUCGUACGCGUUGGCCGUCGACGGCGAGAUCAUCAAGUUAGAUCAAGGAAGGCUAUCCUGCCGCGAUGCGUGGCUACCAUUUGCUCCGUCAGAUAAAGAACCUGCUUCUCAGAUUCACAACAACAGAAGUAGUCACUGCUCAAAUUGGUGGGUGGAGUGGUGUUCUGGUAUGGACGGUAUGGGCGGGUUGAUCAUGCUUGUGGCGUCCCUGGCAUAG